UUACUUUAGCUUAACUUUCUGUGGAACUCUGUCAGAUUACAGACUGUACAACACGUUAUAUAAAACGAAAUAUGAGAGUUUUCUGUCAUCGUUUUUUGGUUUGUACCGCGAGCUGAUUAGCACACAUAGCUUGUGUCGUAGCUAACAGAUAGCUUGCUGUGUAGCUAACAUUCGGGAUGUCGGCGUGGUGGCGGCUGCAGGUCAAGGUGCUGACUGCGCGUGGAUUACUCGCCUCUUCCCGGGUGACACAAUGGCAAACAGGGCGGUGCGGACAUUUAAUGUUUUGUCAGAGCCUGAGCACAGGUGGACCUCUCCGAAAUGAUUUCUAUAAAGACUUGGAGGCUCAUCUGGCGGCUAUGAGAAAAAAGGCACUGGAUGCUCUACCAGGGAGCAGCUGGAGUCCUUUUGAGAUCAACCCCAACCUUCCUCCAGAGAGGGCCGACAUCGUGAUCGUUGGAGGUGGUGUGGUGGGCUGGUCCAUCGCCUACUGGCUGAAACAAAAGGAGACGGUGCGAAAGGGGGUGCGAGUCAUCGUAGUGGAGAGGGACCCAACGUACUCCCAGGCCUCCACGGUGCUGUCGGCAGGAGGAAUCCGCCAGCAGUUCUCCCUGCCUGAGAACAUCCACCUCUCCCUGGCCUCUGCAGACUUCAUGAGGAACAUCAAUGAGUAUCUCAGCGUGGUGAACGAGGAGCCCGUCGACCUGCAGUUCAACCAAUCAGGAUACCUCUUCCUGGCCAGUGAGGAUGUGUCUCACAUCAUGGAGGAGAACUACAACACCCAGCGGUGUGCUGGAGCCAAAGUCUCUCUUCUCUCUCCAACACAAGUGAAGGAGAAAUUUCCCUGGAUAAACACAGAGGGUGUUGCACUCGCUUCAUAUGGGCUGGAGAACGAGGGCUGGUUUGAUCCCUGGACUCUGCUGAACGCCUUCAGGAGAAAGGCCAUCUCUAUGGGAGUCACUCAGUGCUACGGGGAGGUCACAGAUUUUAAUUAUACAACAAAUGUGAUGAUGACAGCUGAUGGAGACCAGCUACAUAUGAAGAGAAUAAAAUAUGUCAAAGUGCAGAUGCCGAACAGCCCGGAGUACCAGCUGGUGGAAUGUGCCAUCGUGGUGAAUGCAGCAGGAGCCUUUUCUGGCAAAUUGACCGAGAUGCUGGGGGUUGGCCUUGGCCCCGAAAACUCCAUCUUUGGAAUCCCACUGCCUGUUGAGCCUCGGAAGAGGUAUGUGUAUGUGGUCCACUGUCCUGAUGGUCCAGGUCUAGACACUCCCUUCCUGAUCGAUUACUCUGGAGUUUAUUUCAGAAGAGAAGGGUUAGGUGGGAACUACAUCACUGGGGUGUCACCCCAGGAGGCGGAGGAGCCAGAUACCAAUAAUCUAGAGGUGGACCAUCAAUUUUUUGAGGACAAGGUUUGGCCCAGAUUGGCCCACCGUGUUCCUGCUUUUGAGAAACUAAAGGUGACCAGUGCAUGGGCAGGUUUCUAUGACUACAACACCUUCGACCAGAACGGCAUCAUCGGUCUGCACCCUUUGAUCAACAAUAUGUACUUCGCCACCGGCUUUAGCGGCCACGGCCUGCAGCACUCGCCCGCUGUGGGUCGCGCUGUGGCAGAACUCAUCCUGGACGGGGGCUUUAAAACGCUGGACCUGAGCAAUUUCAAUUUCAGACGGAUUCUGAUUCAGGAACCCAUGUUGGAGAAGAACAUUGUCUAACAGCGCUGCAGGACUGACCUAGAUCAGUCAUAAUGAUGCCACUGCCAAAUUAUAACAGCUCAUGUCUUAUUUUUGUUGUUAUGCUGUUGGUGUCUCUUUUCUACACCUGUGAGGUACAAGAAAUGCAAAGAAAACCCUUUUUUGUAAUUCUCUAAUCACUUGCAUGAAAUCAAAGCAGAGGUGAAGAAGCCUCUGUCUGAAGU